AUGGUCAACACUUUAGCUCAAGUUUCAAUAAAAUAUUCUGCGGUGCUAUUUAGCUCCGGAUUUAAUAUUUCGAUUAAUCCGUAUCCUACAGAUCCAUUACGUUAUGAAGCAGUAUGGCCGUAUAAAUAUAGCGAACUCAUUGAUAUUGGUAAAGAACAGCAUUACGCUUUAGGAAAAUGGUUUGGAGAACGAUAUCUUAAGGCGUCUUUAAAUCGAUGUGACCCUCAAAUGAUUUUCGCACGCUCAAUCGACGAAGAUAUAUUUGUAAAGUCGGCUCAAAUUCACUUAGCUGGUAUGUGUCUUCCAAAUAUCAGCAACAAUCUUACGAACGCGUAUUUGUCCCAGCAACCUAUCUCCAUAACAACCACACCAGUAAAUGAGGAUGAAAUUUUGGCUAUGAAAAGAGAAUGUCCAGAUUAUAUUAAACUCAGACAGGAAUAUUUAAAUACAAAGCUAUACAAAGAUGGACUCGAUUGCUACAAAGGAUUACUGGAUUACUUGUCAGAACAUACAAAUAUGACUGUUGAAAACUACGAUGAUAUCAAUAAAAUUUACAACAUUUUGUUGGUUGAGAAUUUAUACAAUUUGACUUUGCCAAACUGGACCCAAGCGGUUUUUCCACAUAAACUCGAAGAUCCGGCAUGUCAUAAUUAUGCUUUGUCAUCUGCAACCCCAUCUAUGGCCCGUUUAUUGGUGGGACCAUUGAUCAAAGAAAUUGUGAAUGACAUGUCUUACACAAUGUUGGUCAUGCCAAAUGAUGUUGUUUUGUCUAUAUACAGUGGAGAUGAUAACACGAUAGGAAAUGUUUUAACUGCUUUGGAUUUGUUUGACGGAAAAUGUCCCUCGACUACUGCAACAAUUUUAAUGGAACUAUUAUAUGAUAAUUCCUCAAAGGAUUUUUAUGUGAGAAUAUUGUAUCGGAAUACCAGUGACAUGGUUGAACCCUAUGCUAUGGACAUACCUAAUUGUGGAACUGUAUGUAAAUUUAAAAAUUUCACUCAGAUAUACGGUCAUCUCAUAUCUGUUGAUUGGGAAGCAGACUGCUACGAGAACGAACGUUAUAUCAUUUUUAAACGAAACCUUACAGCAAUAAUCUGUAUCAUAACAUUCUGUCUGUUA